AUGAGGCCCGCCAGAUAUUUAUUGCAUUACAGGUACCUUGAAGUGCAGACAGCGAGUAUAUCUAGAUGUGUAACUCCACAACACAAAGUUCAAGUCCGGGACCCAUGCCCCCAGCCCCCACCGCCGCCGCCCCCGAAACCCAAAGAUGACAGCGCUUUUUGGGGAGCCAUGGCCGUUGUAUUUGUGGCUGCAGGAUUCGCUGUGCUGGCAAAAGGUUCGCCAGAAAUUCGCGAUUGGCUCACAAUCCAUGCACCGUGGUUUGACGACCUUAUCGCAAUCGUUUUUGAGGAGAAUUACACCUACGGAGAGUUGACAAAGAAAUACUUAGAGGAUCUUAAAGAAUGCUUGAGGGUUCUAAUAAAGAGAGAGCCGUGCCCUUCAGAGGCGCCCUUGAAAUCAGCGAUAGUGACACCUGCGACAACAGAAAUCGAAGAUGAAAAUGUACCAGGAGCUAAUGAAACCGAGGAGUCAUGUGUCAGACCUCCGCCGAUAGUUGUCACGAAAACUGCUUGCGAGGUUCUGGAGCGCCUCAAAGAACGGAGUAACGAAGCUUUGAGCAACUAUUACACAGCGCACAGGGCGUGUUUACUUUAUAACCAGAUUGUCGCCGAAACAAUGAAGAAUUUUUGCAUCAAGUCGCUGAAGAAACUUCAUGUACACUUGGAAGAACGUGACAGUUUAGUAUCUGAUGCCAUAAAAAAUGCUCAAGAAGCCACUUCUGAUAUCGAGGAACUAACCCGCUACAUAGAAUGUGGACUUCAGGGGACUAAAGAAGAAGUUGAGACGGUCAAAGUUCUCAUGAAAGACUACUUGCAGCAGAUAAAAGCUGCAAAUAUUCAGUAUACAUGGGAAUGUGAUAAGUCUAAAGUACUGGACGUUCAGUGGCAAAAGGUGGAGAGCAUAAUGGAUAAGUACACAGAAGAAAACCACACAAUGUUCCCUGAAAUCGAUUACGAGCAGUUAAAGUUACAGCUCUCGGGGGACCCUGAUUUAUUACUCUACCAUACUGGCAGAUACUCGAGACAAUUGAAGGCAGAGUUAAAAGAUGCCGUGGAGGGAAUGACGGAUAGAAUCAACAGAGCAUACGCGACGUUGCCUCAGGGAGAAAAGGAGAGAAAACAGAGAGAUGCGAUGUUGCAGUCUGUGCUUAGACAGAAGAGGGCAGAAAUGGACAGGGAGUUUCAAAAACGGUAUGCGGAUCAACGACAAGAAAAUGACAGAAAAGCACAAUAUGCGUUAAAGAGACAACUAGAGAGGCACCAAGAAACAUUAGACAGGAGACUGACAGAGAAAGAGGAAGAGGCAACAAUCAAACUGAACAAGCUGGUCGAUGACAGAGUUGCAUAUGAAAAACACCAGUUCGCCGUUCAGCUGAAAGAAAUGGCUGUCAAGUUAACGCUGGUUCAGGAUAAACUUAAUGCACGCCUGAAGAUAGAGCGUGACACGAGAAGGUCCCAAGAUCUAUGGGUCGCCGGAGCUUCUUUACUCGCUGCUACGAAGAAAGGAGACCCUUAUGUUAACGUCGAUAAGGAGUUGAGAGCUAUUGAGAGGGCUUCAGGAGACGGUGAUAAAUUAGUGUCAUCUGUAUUAAAAGCAAUACCUGGAUCAGUACGCGAGAAGGGAUUGGUGCCAGAAAGUGUUCUCAAAACGAAAUACCAUCAGAUGGAAGAUAUUGCUCUUAAAGUGGCGUUAGUGGAACAAGAAGGUGCGUCUCUACCGGUAUACUUGCUGUCUUGGUUGCAGUCCACUUUUCUGUUCAUGAAGAUAUCCGGAAUACCCCAGGUGGAGAUCGACAACCCACCAAAAGACCCGCAGUUCAUGUCAAACUUGGAUACUUUCGACUUACUGCAGAGAGCUAGGUUCUGGGUUGAGCGUGGCAACCUAGCGAAUGCGAUACGCUAUGUGAGUUCCUUGGAAGGAGCUUCAAGGGCUGCGGCGUUGUCUUGGCACGACGCAGCACGGUCGCACAUCGAAACCAGACAAGCAGCGGAAGCCAUUCUAGCGCACGCUGCGGCUUUGGGUCUACAAUAUAUUUGAAUACUGAAUUCCAAAAUGUAAAAACAAAAUUUUGUAAUUUUGAACCUUAUAAAACAGCUAAAAGAAUUUUUCCUUCUGUCAAGAGAUUUAAUUU